AUGCUCGGACUCUUGGCUUUCGCGCUCUCCUUGAGCAGCACAGCCAUCGCCGCCUCGGAUGGUACGGCCUUGGCACCACGAGAUGCAAUCAUCAAUUCCGUCGAAAUCCGCGCUCUUCCAAACUCACCGAGCGGCAACUAUGCACCCAAGAUAGUUGAUUGUCCCUCGACACGCCCGCAAAUCCGAGAAGCUGGCAAGCUUUCCGACGAGGAAGAAUCUUGGGUUCGUCGUCGCAGAAAUAACACAGUCGACCCCCUCAAAGACUUUCUCUCUCGGGCUAAUAUCUCCGGGUUUGACGCCGAGAAAUACAUCGAGAGAGUCAAGAACAAUGCCACCGCUCUACCGAACAUCGCCAUCGCGGCCUCUGGUGGUGGUUACCGCGCCUUGAUGAACGGCGCAGGCUUCAUUUCGGCUGCCGACUCACGCAAUAACAAGACCGGUCCUAUCAGUGGACUUCUUCAAUCGUCAACGUAUCUUGCCGGUCUUUCCGGUGGUGGUUGGCUCGUGGGCUCCAUUUUUGCCAACAACUUCACCACAAUUCCCGAUCUACAGAAAAGCUCCAAAGUUUGGCGAUUUGAACGCUCCAUAUUUAAAGGUCCCGAGAGUUCCGGCAUCAAUAUUCUGAAUACUGCUGAGUAUUGGACCGACUUGAUGGAUGCCGUUGACGAGAAGGACAAGGGAUGGAAUACUACUCUUACCGACUACUGGGGUCGCGCUUUGUCGUACCAACUCGUUAAUGCCUCCGAGGGAGGUCCUGCUUAUACCUUCUCAUCCAUUGCGGACACACCUAACUUCAAAGAUGCCGACACGCCUUUCCCUAUCCUGGUUGCUGAUGCCCGCGCCCCUGGUCAGCUUGUGGUCUCCCUCAACGCGACCGUAUAUGAGUUCAAUCCUUUCGAAUUCGGCACCUGGGAUCCCACGACAUACGGAUUUGCACCUAUCGAGUAUCUCGCAUCAAACUUCACAAACGGAAAAAUCGAGUCCAAGGGCGAAUGCGUACGUGGUUUUGAUCAAAUCGGCUUUGUCAUGGGCACAUCGUCUUCGCUGUUCAACCAAUUUCUUCUCAACAACGUCACCAAAGUUGGCGAAGAGAACGACAUUCCUAAGAUUGUAGUCAAGGCAAUUGAAGGGGUCUUGAUUGGUUUGGACAAGGAUGACGAGGACAUUGCUCAAUACACACCCAACCCCUUCUAUGGCUGGAACCCCACCAGCAAGAGCCGCAACUACAAGGAGCAUCAGUUGACAUUGGUUGAUGGCGGAGAGGAUCUGCAGAACAUUCCACUCCAUCCUCUGAUUCAACCCAUUCGUGGCGUCGAUAUCAUUUUUGCUAUUGAUUCUUCAGCGGAUACAGACAACAACUGGCCAAACGGCACUGCUCUCCGUGCCACGUACGAACGAGUUGGCUCCGCCAUCGGUAACGGUACCGAGUUUCCCUCUAUUCCUUCAGCCGAGACUUUUAUCAACGAGCGCUUGAACCAACGGCCUACUCUCUUCGGCUGCGACGCAAACAACUUUACACUCUCUGAAGGCCAGUCGCCACCGCCGCUCAUCUUCUAUAUUCCCAACGCACCCUACACUGCGCACAGCAACGUCUCAACAUUCGACAUGUCCUACUCCAUCGCAGAGCGUGACAACAUCAUCCUCAAUGCGUUGAACGGUGCCACUCAAGGAAACGGUACCAUUGAUAAGGAGUGGCCCACUUGCGUCGCUUGUGCUGUUAUGAGCAGGAGUUGGUGGAAGGCGAACGAAGUCGUCCCUGAUGCGUGCAAGACUUGCUUUGACCGGUACUGUUGGGAUGGAAAGUCUAACAACACUGCGGUGAAGAGCUACGAGCCUAAGUAUAUCAUUGGAGGGGAGGCUGCUGAGGCGGAAGAUAAUGCGGCUGGCGGCGUACUUAAGCCCAGCUGGUUUGUGUCCGCUGGUGUUGGAAUCGGCUUGUUGUUUGCCCUUUUGUAA